ACCAAUUCCCUGCACUGUUACAUUGCGCUCCCAGCAUGCCCCUCGCUGUUAUGGAGGCUGGUGAUGGUGCUUGCUCCCCAGCUCUGCUCCCAGCCGGCGGCCUAUGACUGCAGGACGUUCCUUCUCAGGGAGUCUGAUGUUACCUCGUCACCUGCAUUGCGUGGGCAGCAGGUAUAUGGCCCGCGCUGGUCCCCCACAGCCUCCGUUUAUGACUAGUAACUUGUUUCGAUGUCCACGGUGGACCGGCCAGCACCCUUCAUCUCCUUAUCCGCCUACGAUCACCCAGCAUCCCCUGGGACAGUCGAGGCCCUAUAACUGGUGUGCGCCACAGAGAACAGCCACAUGCGGCACCAACUCCUGCCCCUGGUUCCCUCCCCAGCCCUCGUGGAUUCAGGUUUCUUACUGCAACAUGAGCUCUGCAGGGGACGAAUCGUUUAGAAAACGUAGGAAAAAUACAGAGGCUGAAGACUGGAGACAGAAAUCGUGGCCGAAGCGCUCCUACCCGCCGGCGAACGACUUAAGGGUUCCGCCGAAGCACGGCUCAUCGGAGGUGACUGAUCCCAAAAUGGAAGUGAAAGCCAGUGUAAUGAGGCGGUGGGAGGACUUCAGCCACCUCUAUCCUGAUAGGCCGGUGGAGAGUAAGUUUGACUUUACUGUGAUGUCCUAUAACAUCUUAUCCCAAGACCUGCUGGAGGACAACUGCAGCUUGUACAGCCACUGCCGGAGACCCUACCUGUUCUGGAACUACCGCCUCCCGAAUAUCUUGCAUGAGCUGCAGGAAAUGAACGCUGACAUACUUUGUUUACAAGAGGUUCAAGAAAAUCACUACCAGGAGCAGAUCAAACCCAGUCUAGAGGCGUUGGGGUACUGCUGCGUGUACAAGUCUCGUACCGGAAAUAAGCCAGACGGCUGCGCCAUUUGCUUCAAAACGGCUAAAUUUACUUUGAAGUUGGUGAAACCUGUGGAAUACUUCAGACACAACAUAUCCCUGCUGGACCGGGACAAUGUAGGCCUGGUGCUGAUGCUGCAGCCCAAAACUGAAAGGUGCGCCUCGUCUGUGUGCGUGGCGAACACCCACCUGCUGUACAAUCCCCGGCGGGGGGACAUAAAACUCGCCCAGCUGGCCAUUCUCCUGGCGGAGAUCACGGAGGUCGCUCGGAUGCAGGAUGGGAACUUCUGCCCCAUCGUCCUAUGCGGAGACUUUAACUCUGUCCCCGGGUCACCCCUGCAUCGCUUUAUAAAGGAAGGAACUCUCCAGUAUGCCGGCAUGACCAUUGGGAAGGUGUCUGGCCAGGAACUGUACCCCAGAGGACAAAGGAUUUUAUCUAUUCCAAUUUGGCCUGACAGCUUGGGCAUCAACCAUAAAUGCGUGUAUGAAGCCUGUAAGGAUGGCCAAACAACAGAGCCUUUGAAAGAAGAAGCCACCAAGGAUGCGGGUCAAGUGGCGGAAGUGGAUAAAAGAUACCAGAACAGGGUGGAAUCCAGCUUGCAGCACCACUUCCAGCUCUCCUCCGUGUAUUCCCACUUCUUCCCUGACACUGGCCUGCCGGAGGUCACCACCUGUCACUCCCGGUCUGCCGUCACCGUGGAUUACAUCUUCUACUCUGCGGCAAAGAACAACCUAUUCACUCAGCCAGGCAGCAGUGUUCCAUGCAACGGACUGCAGCUCCUCGGGAGGCUGCUACUUCUCACCGAGCAAGAUCUGUGGAGCCUCAAUGGCCUACCUAACGAGACCAACUCCUCCGAUCACCUGUCGCUGCUAGCCAGGUUCCGGCUGGAGGUAUGACGCUUCCACGUCCCGUCGUUUUAGUUAUUGAUCGGUCUUGUAUUUUUUCUUUUUGUUUCUUUUACAUUUUUAUGGAGAACUCUGAAUGGAAUAACACCGGGCGUCGGCUUAUUUAUUACAGUUUUUAAGAGUACGUUUUAUAUUUUUUAUUUUUACUGGUUUAAAAAUAAUGUAUGUUUGUAUUAAGCUUUGUGCCACUUGUAUAGUGCCCAGUGGCAGGGCGGAAUAUGUAAAUUAUUUUCUGAACAAAAAUAAUAAAACUCAAUCAUUUAA